AUGAACGGCUACGGCAGAUUCGCUGCGCUAUCCAAUUUGCAGGAAGAAGACGAAAUAAAAGAAAAUGAAGCAGAUGAUAAUGACGUGGAGGUUGAUCCUUCUUCUGGAGAAUAUGACGCAGCCUCGUUACCUGUCGAAAGUUGGGACGCGACUUCGGAGCUCAGCCUCGGCCUCGGGCACCGCGAGAUGACCACGAGGUCGGAUUCGCCAGGCGCAGACAAUCCUGUUGAUGAAGCCAGGUUUAAACCUGACGUGGUGUGCGAAAACUGCCAAGGUGUGUUCCUGGCAGAGGGGCAGGAAGGGACGGGCCGUCUUCGCGUGGACGUGGCGAACGCCUCGGGCUGCCGCCUGUGUGAUGCGCUCCUCCACAUUUGGGCACCAGAGUUCCACAAUGAGCGCUAUAUCGAUCUUGAUUUUUGGUUUGUGCCUCGAGAGGGCUUCUUCAUGGGCGUACUGGAUGUCAUCUUCAGGCCGACCAGACAGCUCUCGGCAGCGCUGCAGACAGCAAGGUUUGGGUUUCAAAUGUUCAAGGACAAGGACGCAGCUAAGUGA